CUUUAUUGAGAAAAGGGUAGGGGGCAUUAAAAGAAAAUGUCUCCUGUGCAGCAGCAGCCGCAGCAGCUGCUCCUCGGCCUCCUCCUCGCCUCCGUGGUAUUCGCGACCGUCUCCCGGCCGCCGGCGACGUCGGCACGGCUGCUUAUUACAGCUCUCCGUACACGCCGACGGAAUGCUACAGAGAUGACCCGUCCCAGCUUCCUCCGAGCAACAUGUUCGCGGCGGCAGGUGGCGAGCUGUGGGACAACGGGGCGGCCUGUGGCCGCGUGUACGCGGUGUGGUGUGUCGGCGCGUCGCAGUCCGUCCCUUCCAACUGCGCGAGCGACCUCCCAAUUGAGGUCAAGAUCAUCGACAACGCCUUCUCGGCGGAUUCCUCGGCGGCGGCAUACAAGCAGUCCGUGACCGGCGCCGCGUUGGUCCUGUCCGAGGACGCGUUCAAUGCUAUCGCUAAGCCGUUCGCGGAUUCCCUCGAUAUCAAAUUCCAAGUGGUUUGAUUAUGGAGAAAUGCAAUUGUGCAUCUGAAGUAUCAACUUUGCCGGCAACAAAUUAGUAGAACUCAAUUAUGCAGUCUUAUAUCAAUUGCAUUCGCUAUCUACUCAUGUGAAUAACUGUAAUUGUUAUUGUUUUUGUCCAUGACAUUUCCUCCGUUGAAAUAAAAAGCUAUCUCCGGCUCUCCCUAUUCAACUCCAAA